ACUGUAUGAAAAAAAAAAUGUUCAACUGAAGUGAACAAAUAAUAAAUUAGUAUUUUUUUAACGCGAUAAACCCGGCUUUAUCUAUUUGUAAUUUUAUUUAAGCAUUUGUUAACAAAAGUUACGAAUUAAAAAAGAUGCUACGAAUUGUUGUUGAUUUUCUGAAAAAUAGACCAAAAACAAUUCGCCAUUUUAGUACAACCAGCGUAAAAAUGAUGUUUGAAGAGAAACAAAUUCAGCUGAACUGCAAUAAGAAUUUGUACAAUAUAAAUUAUGUGCGCAGUGGUCAUGGGCAAAAUGCUGUGAUAUUGUUGCCUGGUGCAUUGGGAUCGGCGGAGACCGAUUUUAAGCCACAAAUUGAACAAUUGCCAAAAUUACUUCCGAAUCAUACGAUAAUUGCAAUAGAUCCGCCUGGUUAUGGAAAAUCAAAACCACCAAAUCGAACAUUUCCAUUGGAUUUUUUCCAUCGCGAUGCAAACGUCGCAAAUACAUUAAUGCAAAUGCUUGAUUUUCAAAAAUACACAAUUUUAGGCUGGAGCGACGGCGGUAUUACCGGCCUAAUUAUGGCGGCAACAUACAGUAAUGCCAUAGACAAAUUAAUCAUUUGGGGUGCAAACUCACAUAUUCUACCUGAAGAAGUAGACAUUUAUGAAAGUAUUCGAGAUGUGUCGUUAUGGUCGGCAAAAAUGCGAGAACCAAUGGAAAAAAUGUAUGGAGUUGAAUAUUUUCCACAGCUGUGGUCGGAAUGGAUUGAUGCGAUGAAACAGUUGUUUGAGAAAAACAAUGGAGACAUUUGUAAAAAUGAAUUGAGUCAAAUUACUGCCAAUACUUUGAUUGUGCACGGAGCAAAAGAUCCAAUGAUUCUACCGCAACAUGUACCGUUUCUCAGAGAACACAUCAAAACAACCGAAUAUUAUGAAUUUCCAAACGGAAAACACAACAUCCAUUUGAGAUAUGCGGAUGAGUUCAACGCUAUCGUCAGCAAAUUUAUCCUAAACAAAUGAAGAUAUUGAAACUUAGCACAUGAAUGUAUAUAUAUAGAGGUAGUGGAGAUGGUUGUUGUUUGUUUGCUUGUUCGUAUUUAAUUCGCUGUGUUUGAGAAUGAAUCAUAUUGUUGGUGUUAUUUCGAAAUACAAAAUAAAGUCAACGGUAAAAAUAAAGUUACACAUUUUA